CUAAAAGAAACUUUUACCGACUCCAUUCUGCCCCUUAAAAUAUCAUACUCAACAUAGAGGGCAGCGGCUAAGGAGAUAGAAGAAGAAGAAGAUGGGGAUGAAGCCAGCGAAACAGGCGAUUUUUGUAUUUGGGGCUCUUGCAUUUGGGUGGCUAGCUAUUGAAAUGGCUUUCAAACCUUUCCUCGACAAAGCUCGUUCCGCCGAGGACAAGUCUGAUCCUGCUCGCGAUCCCGGUGAUGACGAUGACUCUGCUGAUCACGCGCAGAAGGACUUGCCUACAGAAUCUGAUGCUUUUGUCUCUGAUGAGAACCCAGCAACCGUUUGAUGAUGAUGGUAUGAUUUAUGAAGACUAGAUGUUUGGUUAUAUACAAAAUAGAAAAGGUGGGGCCAGGGGUUAGAGAUCAGUACUUUUAGCGAUAGAUUUGUAGGGUUUAAAUGCCCGGGAAUGGAAGAUUUAUGGGUUCUUAGUUGUAUUAUGUUGGGGUUUUAAUCUACUCUAGUUAUCAAUGCCAGGAAUAUUUUAUCA